AUGGACGAUACCUAUAAUAAACGCUUGAGGCAGGAGGUGGAACAAUUUUUACUAUUUGCAAUAGAUCGAUUAAAGCUAAUAAGGGAUGCCAAAUUUCGUGUAAAAAAUGAAGAAAUAUUACAACAGAUAAAUCAAAAGAUGAUUGAAAACAAAAGGGUUAAAACAGCAAACUUAGAAACGAUUAAAGAAAUAAUGUUGAAGAGCUUGUUAAAGACUCUCUAUAAAUGGGUGAUAGAAAAUAACGCUCAUGAUAUUUCUAAUGGAACUGUCGGGUCGACAACACUUCAAGAUUUCAUUGAUUUGGGUUCAACAGGAUUUGUCCCAUCAAGAGCACCUGUAAAUGAGCUCGCUGUGGAUACCGAACAAAGACUUGCAUUGAAAUAUCCCAGAAGAAAAAUUAGCAAACCAGAGAAUUGCAGUCCUUGCAGUACAUCAAAUAAUGUUGCCAAAACAUCUGAAAGCGAUUUAUUUAAACGCAGACAUGAAGUGUUUGCUCCUCCACCACCACAAUCUGCCACGUAUGGUGAACAUAAAAGGAUGUUGCAGAAACUUCUAGAAGAUGGACGUAAACAAAGCAUGCAGAAAGCCGCAACAGAUACCCGAAUCGCAGAGGCUAACCCGGUAUCAGUACAAAGUGGUUACUUGGAAUCAACCUCAAGGAAUAGUCCACCGUGCAAUAACAAUCAUAUCACUGGCGACAAACGUCAUGCAGAUAACAGAAACGAUGCACGUGUAUUAUCGGAAGCAGUUAAUAAAACUACCCCUCAGCAGGGUGUAAGUGAAUGUUCUGCAAAAGAUUGUGAAACGAAUAAUGAUACUGAUGAUCAGGCUACUGAACAAAUAGUGCCACCAAACCAAACAUCUAAAUCUAACCAAAAAAAUAAAGAAAAUCAUCGCGAGCUUCAGGACUUAAUCUCAUACACUAAAGAAAUUCUACCAAAAUUAGGCAGGAGGAAAAGUGUUUCGAUUGAAGAUCACAAUACGCAAUUAUUUGCGCAAUUUGGAAUAACCAAAACAGUACAAAUAAUUUUGCAACGUACUGAUACGAGAGAAAUUGCACAACGCACUCGAAGCAAAUCAAUCGACUCAACGCAUUAUUUGGAAAAUCUAGGUGCGGCUAAACAAACCGUACCAGUGCAUAAUAAAAUUAGUCAACGCAGAGAAUCAAAACCAGUGGAGUUGAAAAAACAAACUACAGAAACGACCACUAUCCCAAAAAAAACAAAAUCAAUUGCACGUAAAUCAGUCUCCAAACCACAAAACAAUGUACCAUCAAUGAAUAGUAGCCAUCAUCGUAAUGGAAUCAAAAAUGUGAUAAAUAAUGUAACAACCGAAAAGAAACAGAAGGAACAAAAAGCGGCAAUACCAAAAACUACAUCAACCAAAAGAACAAUACGUUCCCCAAGUCCACCGCUUGCAAAGAAAAAGCGCUCUAGCGAAAAUCACUCAACCGAUCUUCGUGCAUUACAGAAUAAUGUGCAGAUAUUUGAAAUAGAUUCUGUUGGAGAUGCGAAUACGAUAUUGAAUCGAAAUACGCCGCCUAACAACGAUCCAAAAGUACAUUGCCGCAGCGAUUACAUGGAGAAAUGUUGUUUGUGUUCCUACAAUGGAGAACUAAUUGUGCAACACUAUGUGUACAAACAUCCAAAAAAGGCUGUGUACGUUAGUCGCAUAGCCCCCGAGCAGGCCGAGCUUAUAAGAGCGGAUCCAUUUGGAAUUAGUGGCAUAACAGCAGUAUCGCGGUAUGGGGACCACGAGAUAAUCGUAUUUCGGUGCCAUUUUUGUGACCUUGUUUUGAGAGAAUCGCAAGAGAAGUGGUUGGAUCACAUAUCGAAACACACUGGUGAAUACCGUUACAAAUGUAUGUUAUGUCCAACAUUUGCACGAAUGCCUUUCGACAGAGUGACGCAUCAUUCAGUUUGUACGAAUCCUUCCAUGCAGUUGUGGCACACAUACACCUUUGAGGAGAACCACUUGUACGCGUAUAUGUGCAACAAGUGCAAUUUUGUGCAAGUUCUUUUCGUCAAUAUAAUGCGGCACUUCAAGGAAGAUCAUCCAAAAACUAGUUCCAUUGAAGUAGGAUAUACGAAAUUUAGCUUGGUCAACUUCAACCUGCAGGACGAAGAAAUUGAACUGCCAUACGGGAUGGUAAAAUUAGAACCAGUCUGGGAUAAUGCACAUGUAAGUUUGCCAAAAAAUGUCAAGCAGGAAGUAGAACCUACGCUAUCUGAGGAGUGCCAGACACACAUCAGGACGCCGUUGCAAGCCAUCGUACAGGGGCAGCGUUUAUUGCAACCAGAAGUCAGUUUUAUAAAGCAGGAAAAUCUUACAGACGGCAUGGAUCAAUGCGAAACCAACCCUCUGAAUAGCAUCGAUAUCAAACCACUUGAAGUUGCUGCUCCUUUUGGUGCUAGUGAUAUAGAAGAAAGAAGUCAACAUUCGAAUUCUAGCGGCCUUCGUGUUAAGAGACUGCCAGGUGACACCCUCUCAACCACAGAGAAUAAUAUUUUGGAUAAAGCGCUGAACAGCUUCAAGAAAUAA